UCAGCAGUAUGUUUACAUGGGGAGAGGACAGUCAGGGGGGGUUUCGAUUGAAAGAGGGUUCAGUAAGUGCAGCAGGUGACGCAGUUUACUCUCUGAAGCUUGGUUUUCACAUCAAGGAUCUGUCAGCAGGUCAUAGUGUGCUCGCUUUCGUCAAAAGUGAUGGAAGCGCGUUCAUUAUCCGAACAAAUGAGAGCAACGAUGGAAGAAGAGUGAGAGGAAAACAGAAGUCUGUGAAAUACGAAGAGAAGAUUGAGGCUGUGAGUUGUGGUGAUGAUGUGGUCACACUGCUGUCUGAAACAGGCAGAGUUCUCUAUGUGGACUCAGCUCAUCCUCCUUUUACACCCAGGCCACUGGAAGUGUUGUGUAACAAACCAGUAUCUCAGGUUGCUUGUGGGAGCCAGCAUUCAGUCGCCCUGACCAAAGAUGGUCAGGUGUACACAUGGGGCCAGGACUCCAGAGGCCAGUUGGGUCUAGGAAGAAGGAAACUUGGUGCCAAUUCACCCCAACAUCUCAGAUCUCUGUCAUCGAUCCCCCUGGUCCAGAUCGCUGCAGGGGGGGAGCAGAGCUUUGCCCUCUCUGUCUCUGGAGGGGUGUUCAGCUGGGGCAGAAAUGACUGUGGACAGCUCGGGCUGGGAGACACUACAGACAGACACACACCAACCCCUGUUCAUUCUCUGGACAUGAAGAAAACUAUUCACAUCUCCUGUGGAAAGGACCACACUGCCAUUUUGACAAAGGAUGGUGAAGUGUUCACGUUUGGAUCUGGUCAGUAUGGACAGCUUGGACACAACUUGUUCAGUGAUGAACUAUGUCCUCGCAUUGUUGCAGAGCUCCAGGGGUCAAAGGUCAUCAAGAUUGCAUGUGGACGACAUCAUACAUUAGUGAUGACGGACUCCAAGAGAGUCUACUCCUUUGGGUGUGGAGAGCAAGGCCAGCUGGGACAUGGAGAGGAGAGUCAUCCAUCUGUGCCGCUGCCUGUUCAACUGCCACAGGACAUCACUGAUGUUCCCCAAAUUCGGAACAUCUACGCAGGAGGAAACUGUUCAUUUGCAACAUGUUCGUCUACUGAGGACGUUCAUGAGGGGUCAAACAGUGACAGUAUGAACAAGGUUCAUCACUGUCUUGAUGGUUUGAUUGACAGAUGGACCUCUGAACAUGAUUCAAAGUCAUGGAAAAAAAUAAAACAGGAAAUCCAAAGGACGUUUUCAUCUGCAUCCUGUGUGAAUCAAAGCUUCCUUGAGCAAAGCAGAGAUAAGCAUUUCCAAACCUCUCCAACAUACUCCGGCUUGAACUUGUUAGUUGCACGCAGCAAUUUCAAGAUAUUGGUCAAGAAGGACAGUGUUCUGGCAGAGGUUGAGGCUGCUGUCACACAGUUGAUUCCUUCCCUUAAUGAGAAUCCAGUAGGAGUGGAGGGGCUGAGGAUCUAUCUGCUUCUCAUUGAGCUUCUGCAUGUGAUCCAGAAACACAAACAACCAGAGAGCACAAAUCUCGCCAAGGCAGUUGCUGCUGCCAUAGUAAGACUGUCUGCUGACAGCCUCCAGGUCAUAGGAGACUGGUGGUCCUCACUGUCAGCUUCCACCAUGAUUGAAUAUAUUGACGUGUGGAAGCAGACCCUCUCAGUGAUCCUGUCCUUAGAUCCGGUUCCACGCAACACUGGAGUCAAAAACCUGCUACUGGUCCUCCAAUACUUGUACAAUGCCAACAACAGGAUUGCAGAAGCUAGAAGAAUCCCAGACAGCAACUUUUGUUUGUUGAUUGACCAAAAAUUUCUUAAAGCGGAUCUGUGGCUUUGGCGUUCAUGGUCACAGCACAAGAAUGUGUCUGUUGAGCCACUUAUCCUUUGUAGCUUCCCUAUUGUGUUGGAUCUGCAAACAAAGAAAAAUGUAUUUGAGGGGAAUAUUGCAUGCACCAUGAUGGAAACAAUGGGUCGCUCCUGGUGGGAUUUAUAUUCGGAACAUGGACGUGAGGUGCUACCUGAAGAGCUGCUCCUUAGACUGGACUUGAUGAAAGCAUCAGUUUUGGAAGACACCUUCGAACAACUGGCUGCUGUUGAACACAGUGACUACAAGAAGCUGCUUGUGGUCUAUUUUGAUGCAAACGAUCAUCAUUUUCAUGAUGAUAAACUCCACAUGAAAGAUUUUUUUCAUGACGUGUUUCAUGAGAUGUCCUCUGCCAAAUCUGGGAUGUUCAUAUUCAAUGACUCCAAAACACUGGCAUGGUUCCCCUCAAGAGCAACACAGGAGGAGCAGAGAUACUUCCUAUUUGGAGUUCUGUGUGGAUUGGCCUUGUUCUACAAGUGCAUCAUAUACUUACCAUUCCCAUUGGUACUGUUCAAGAAGCUGCUCGGUGUAAAGCCUUCACUGGAGGAUAUGAUGGAAUUCAGCCCAGAUCUUGGAAAGCAUCUGCAGUACAUCCUGCAAGACUGCAGUGAUGAUGGAAUUGAAAAAUUGUAUUUGGAUUUCACAAUCAACUGGGAUGACACAGAGGUUGACCUUGAUCCUGACAAUCCUGAAAAACCGCUGACAAGUCAAAAUAAGAAGGAAUAUGUGGAUGCCUACGUAAAUUAUGCCUUCAACACAUCAGUGGUGAGGCUGUUCCAGGAGUUCGAGCGAGGCUUCUUCCAGGUGUGUGACCGGGAUUUGGUGAAGCUGUUUCGGCCAAAGGAGCUACAGGACAUUCUUGUGAGCAAAGACUUCCAUGAUUGGACAAAGCUGAAACAGAACACACGUUAUGCAUGGGGUUACUAUGCCGGACACCCCACCAUACAGAUGUUUUGGGAGGUUUUUGAUGAACUCACUGAGGAUCAGAAGACAACUUUCCUUUGGUUUUUGACAGGUUUUGAGAGGGUUCCUAUUCUUGGUGUGGAUACAAUCAUGAUGACAGUUCAAGUUACACAAAUUGACACACACCUUACCUAUGACUGGUACUACCCUAAGGCACAUACAUGUAACUCUACCCUAGAGUUGCCCAUAUACUCCACCAAGGAGAUCAUGCGAGACAAGCUAACAGAGACCCUGAGCAAAAAGAGAAACACCCACAACUGAUGGUGGGACUGUACCCUGAUGAUACACUACAGAAUUCCAGUGGGGAUCCCCAACAAAGGACUAAAAUAACUCUUACAGUGCACUUUGAGCAGACUUGAAUGGUUUAAAACUUAAUGUGGUGGUGAUUUGUGUGGAGAGGGUAUAUCUGAGGGAAAACACUGAUGAAAAUAUAAUGUACAUUUGUAUUCUGCAGAGAUGUCUUAACUCCUGUAUGUUGAAUAUCCUCAGGGAACAAUGAAUGGGAAAAUUAUUAUUAAAAUUAUUAUUUUUUUAAAUAAUUUAUUUGUAGUGUUUAUUUUUGCCUUUGUUGAACCAUGAUAAACUUGAAGAACCGUCACUCUACUUUAUUUUCUCAGAUUGUUAUUGAAAUAUUUAAUGACAUGUAUGUAGAAAUGAUUACCUUCUUAUACAAUGAUGUGGAGAUGUGCUUCCUGUAGACACAGAAUGGAUUUACACAGUAAUGAUUGUGGUCUUUCUUGCACUUUAUUCAUUGUUUUCAGUGAUGGAACUGCUUUUUUGUCUGUUUUUUACAUUAUAGAAAUGCAUUCAUUUUCUAGUUUUGUUUUCCCCCUUUGUUUGCAUUUUUCUUUUAUAUGUUUAUAUUUGUUUUCUUGUAACUGUCCUUUUUA